AAAAUGUGAAAGUGAUUCAUUUCUUUAUUUGCCCAUCAGAAUGUUAGUUUUUAAUCAUAUGGCUUUGUACAGUCACUUCAAUAAUUUUUUAGCAUGGCUAAUUCCAUUCUAAUCCAUCAACCCAGAGUGGCUCAUGCUAAAUUAAGCCAACUUAUCCCCUAUUUGUUCUUAGAAUGUCGCCUUAAGCAUACAUCAUCAACUUAUCAAUGUUUACCAUGUCACUCAAUUCUAAGAAUUCAUUCAAAUCACAAGAUACGGCCAUUAAGUCAUCAUACAGCUAGCAUAGGACAAGUAUCAUACUUUUCAACACAAGCCAAGAAAUCUUAUUAUGAAAUUUUGGAGAUCAGUGAAAAAUCUACUCAAGCUCAGAUCAAAGAAGCAUAUUACAAAUUAUCUCUGAAGUAUCAUCCAGAUCAGCAGCAAGAUUGCAUUGAUGCAUCUGAAAAAUUCCGGGCCAUAAGUGAAGCCUAUGAAGUGCUGAUUAACCUUCAGAAGAAGAAGCUUUAUGAUAAAGGCUUGUAUAAAACAACUGCUGGACCCGACACACCAAGCUCUGAUGAAAAGAGAAGCUCUCAGGCAGUGACACCUGUUCGCCAGAAGCCAUCAACUUUCUAUGUGGAUGAAUGGCAUCAAAAACACUACAGUCAAAUGAUCAAGACCAAAUCUCAGAAGGCUAUGAGAAUCAAAAGAAGACAAUUAAUUAAAGAUCGUCAAGACAGAUUCAAUUCAUGGGGUGGUGGUUUCUUAUGGCUCAUUGCCUCUUCUAUGAUCUGCCUUUUGUUUUAUGAAAAAUUUACUUCUCAUUAACUGGAGAUAAUGGUUAAUUAGACUGAUUCUGUUUACUUGAAAUUGCUUUAUAAAAUGCUUAAGUGGACAUGUAAGUUUUAAAAUAAAUUGUAAGUAAAUAGAAUCAUUUUUUGGGUGUGUUGUUUAUAUAAUUCUAACUAAUAAUUGUCUUGAUGUAAAAAAUAUAUAUAUAAUACUAAAUUUAUCUGGCUAAUCAUAUAUAUGUUGUUAAACAGAUGACUGAGAAGAAGAGGACCCAAUGAUCAGGUUCUUACUAUCAUAGCUUUAUCUUUUAUUUCAAAUGUGAAUUUUAUUUAUCUAGUUGGUGUUUAU